GGGAAACUGGGCCUCUGCUGGCUUGCAUUCUUCCUGCACGGGCAAAGAGAUGUGAACUCGUCGGCGGGGCCCUGCAGACGCAGCCGGACACACGGCGCAACCGCAUGCAACGCAGAGCACAAGCAUUAGAAAGCCAAUGCGGAGGCUCUGCGUCCCUGCGUGCGGUAUGCGAUGAUCCCGUGCACGCCGUUCCAGAAGAAUCGAACCUGUCGACAAGCAUCCCUCAGAUCACACGCCAAUUGGCACUGCGGAACAGCUCGCCAUGCCACUGCUAUCGCGAGGUGCGGCUGGAGCGAGGGGAAAGAGGACGACGGCGAGGUGGAGGGAGAGUCGGCAGCGUGGCUGCCAAAAGCUACUGUCACGAGUACCGCGCCGUACAGCUGCGGAGCCAACAAGAACAUCCACCUGAGAAAGAAGAAAAGGGGAGGCGCAGAAAGUGCAGUCAACACCAUAGUCGCAGCCGCACGCUGGGUAUUGCAGGCGGAAGCUGCCGAUAGCACCGGGCUCAGGUCUGGGCAGGACGAGAAGGAGAGAACUAUCAUCGCAAGCCCGCGCCCACGUCAGAUGAUGUUGACGCCUUGGGCGGCAACAUUCAGGACCUUCUUAGCCACCUCCAGACCGGUCGAAACCGUCUUUGCGAUUCCAGGCCUCAUAUGGAGAGACCGUCGGGGGCCCCUCUGGGACGCCGGUGGACAUCACGCCCACACAGGCGCACCGUAAGGAUGGGCCCGAUCACAUGCGUGAAAACGUGCACGGCAGCAGUAGCAGGAUCACGGGUCCUCUUCCUC